AUGCGUGAGGCGGCGUGCGCUGGCGUUUCUCCAACGUGGUCACAGUUCAACUUGAGGAAAGAAGAGCAUCGUAGCGAGAGGAAACGAUGUAUUAUUCAGUGGCGCUUCGUGCCAGCUCAAUGGUUGCGCUACAACCCAAAAAAAUGUGUAGAUAUUGAAAUAUAUUUAGUUGGUGCAUCACGGGCGCCAGCGCGCGCGCACACACAGGCGGCCUUUGUGGCGCCCUCCCCGACCCCUGUGUCGGCGAGUGGGGGAGGGGGGAAGGGAGGGGCCGCCCGGCGGGAUUAUGCACCGAACGCGGAGGAUAAGGACGAUGAGGAUGAGGACGAGGAUGAGGAUGAGGGCGAGGACGACGAGGACGAGGAGGACGAGGACGAGGACGAGGAGGAGGAUGAGGACGAGGGGAAGGAUGAGGACGAGGGGAAGGAUGAGGACGAGGGGAAGGAUGAGGACGAGGGGAAGGAUGAGGACGAGGAGGAGAAGGAUGAGGACGAGGAGGAGAAGGAUGAGGACGAGGAGGAGAAGGAUGAGGACGAGGGGAAGGAUGAGGACGAGGAGAAGGAUGAGGACGAGGACGAGGAGAAGAAGCAAUUUAUUGAUAAAGGCAUCUUAUGGACCAACCGAAGGACAAUAGCUUCACAAUACGUUUUUGAGAAGUCGUAUAUCGUUUGUUUCCUUGAAGGAAUGACGAAAGAUUUACUGCUUUAUUUUAUUGGGGUAUGA